CUUUACUACCUAGAUAUGUUUUAGUUGCCAGAACUGCUGACUUUUGAACGAAUUUAGGUCGCCCUCGCCCCUUGCAUACGCGAUCUGCCCGCCACCAUGGCCGAGGUUAAGCCAACGUCGAGGAAGGUCAUUGAGACCAUGAAGGAGAUCACCGGCGCCUCAGAGGAAGACAUCAAGGUCAUGCUGCAACUUUGCGGCGGAGAGGUGAACACCGCGACCGAGCGCCUCCUCGAGAGCCCGUUUCAAACCGUGGGCAAGAAGAAGGAACGUAAGGCACGCGAGGAGGAGCGCAGGCCCGAUUCUCGCCCUGCUGGUGGCCGCGGCUAUGAUCGGUUUGCUAACGGUGGCUCAGGCAGGGGCCGCGGCAGGGGCGAGGGCGGGCGUGGCGGCCGCGGGAGCGGCUACGCGACUGGACGUGGAUCUGCUGGAGCCCCGCCUCAGCGCGGUGCUUCUGCCGGUCCUCGCCCGGUAAACAAUUCUUCUCUUCCUUCGGAAUCAAACGGUGCUUCGGCUCGUGGGGAUAGCGGCUGGCCUGCACCGGCCGCGGCCGAUGGCGAUGCAAAUGCAUGGGGCGCUUCGGCUGGAGCGAACUGGGGCGAGGAGAAGGCUCCAGAAACCUCAACUUCUGCUUCCACUGGAUGGGCAUCUUCAGCAGCGGCUGCUCCUUCUACUUCCGGCAGUGCUUGGGGCACCGCGCCUGCCGAGAAUGCGAGCGCGCCCACUCAGCACCCAGCCCCGAUUCGGCCCGGAGGUGGCAUGACUAUGGCUGAGAAACUUAAGGCUUCACAGCAAAAGCCUCCUGCUCCCGCUCCUGCGCCUGCUCCUGCUCCGGAGCCGCCAAAGGCUGUCGCGCCCGCUCCCGCAUCGACAUCGGCAACCACGACUUCGUCGGUUGUGCCCGAGCCGACCGCACCAGCUCCCGAGAUCGCAUCUGCUUCCGAUGCUGCCGCGAGCUACGCGGCUGCGCCUUCGCCAACGGUAGCUCCGAGCGCUUGGGCGGAGAACGCCGGCAAGAACCUGAUGGGCAUGCUCUCGGGCGCUGCCAAAUCUGCUGCUCCGGUUCCCGCGGCUCCUUCUCCCCCCGCUGCUCCUUCGCCCGCACCUGCUCCCGCUCCCGCUGCGCCUUCCCCCACCCCUGCCCCUGCUGCUCCAGAGCCAACCCCUGCGGACAAGGUGGUCACCCUCUCUGCUGCGGACAACCAGGUCGCUCCCCCCACCGCCAGCAACCAGUACGCCUCCUACGUCGCGCCGCCCGCCCCCGCAGCGCCUGCCCCCGCCGAGCCCCCCAAGGCUGCCCCCGCGCCCGCCCCCGCGGCCGCUGCUGCUCAGGAGGUUGACAACCUGCAGCUCAGCUUUGGCACCUUCAACAUCGGCGGCGCGCUCGGCGACUUCGGCGCCAACUUCAGCGCCUCCUACAACGGCCAGGCCGCUGCGGAGCCCCCCAAGCCCCAGCAGCCCGCACCGCAGCCCCAGCCCGUGCAGCCCCAGCAGCCCGCCGCUCAGCCUCAGCCCCAGCAGCCCCAGCAGGUGGAGCAGGUCGCGCCCGCGCAGCCCCCGGCCUCCACUGUCGCCAUGGUUGCCGACCAGUACAAGCAGGCCUACGCGCAGUACGCCAUGCAGACGGCUGCUGACAAGGCCGCUGCUGCUGCGCCCGCGUCCGCCGCUGUCACCGCCGCCGACCAGACCACCGCCGCGACCUACGGCAGCUUCCCCUCGCAGGCGGCUGCCGCUUUCGGCGGUGCGUUCGGCGCCAGCGGCUUUGGCGCUGCCGGCCAGGUUCCCGAGGCCUCCCGCGUCUUCACCCAGUCUGACUACGCCGCCGCUUACAACCAGGAGGCCCUCAAGCAGGCCACCCAGGCGGUGUACGGCCAGGCUCCCGCCGCUCAGGCCGCGUACGGCAGCCAGCAGCAGCCCCAGGCCGCCCCGCAGCAGCCUCAGCAGCCGCAACAGCCCCAGCAGCAGCAGCAGCCCCAGCAGGUGCAGCAACCCCAGCAGGUGCAGGCUCAGCAGAUGGCGGUGAGCCAGCAGCAGCAACAGCAGCAGCAAUACGCAGCGCACCAGGCCAGCCAGGUGCAGCAGCAGUAUGCGCAGUACGCGCAGGCUUCCCAGGCGCCGUACGGCCAGGCCCAGGUGGGCCAGCAGGCCGUCAACGCUGCCUACAACCCCGCUGGCGCCGCGGCCAAGUACAACCCCGCUGCCGGCAUGUACGGCCAGGCCGACCUGAGCGGAGCCAUCGCCGCGUCCAGCGGCGCCGUCGCCAGCUCCGCUGCCGCCGCCGCGCCGCAGGUGCCCAACGCCCAGACGGCUGCUGCCAGCGCUCUGCCGCAGUACACGACGCCUGGAGCGCUGCCCCCCGCCAUGCAGCUCAACACCGCCGGAGCCGCGGCGAGCCACCUGCCGUACCCGGCGUAUCCGUACAGCAACCCCGCCUUUGCUGCUGCCAUGUACCAGAACCCCUACCUGUACUACCAGCAGGUGAGCGAGUACCAGACCUACCAGGCUCCUGCGACCGCCGCCGCACAGCCGCAGCCCUACCUACAGGCCAACCAGCACAUGGGCCAGAGGUCUGCCUUCCCCAGCUACAACGCGGCCAACCCAGUUGCCGCGGGCGCUGGCCAGCUGCCGGGCGGAGCCUACAACACCAACCCCGCCGCAUACGGCCUGACGGGCUACGACGAUGCCAGCACCGCCACCGCCUCCGCCGUCAACGCCGCUGCCACCGGCGGCUCCGCUGCCUACUCGGUGCCCGGCGCCGGCUCCGUCAAGCAGGCUGACAAGCAGGACCCAGCCACGCUGGGCGGCUACGGCAUGGGCGCGCAGCAACAGCAGCAGCAACAGCAGCUGCCGCAGGCUACCAUGCAGCAGCAGGCGGGCGGCCAGCCGGGCGCCCAGACGGGCCACAUGGGCCACGGAGGCCAGCACCACGGUGCGGGACACUACGGGAACCAGGGCUACGGCGGGUACGGCAACCAAGGGUACGGCAACCAAGGAUACAGCGGCAACCAGGGCUACGGCGGCGGCCACUAUGGUGGCUACGGCGGCCAGCGCGGCGGGUACGGCGGGUACAACCGCGGCGGCCCUGGCGGCUACAACAGGCAGUAAGCGGGAUGUGCGCACCAGCUGGUGCAUUCCCGUAUGAUGCCGGCUUGGGUGUGGAACCGUUUAUAAGCGUGUGCGUGCGCGCGGAAGCCGGUGACGGGAAGCAUGAGCUGCGAAGGCGUGGCUGCAUGGUGGGCUGGUUGGGCGUUGUGAGGCUAUGCCAGCUGCCAUAGGACACGCGAGGUCACGGUGGGGAGUCGUCGGUUGUGGAUGAAGGUGGGGUAAGAGGGGGAAAGCCAAGCUGUUUAGGAGUUUUGAGUUGUUGGUAUCACUGAAGGAGGCUGCUAUUUGAGUUGUGUGUCUGCCGGAUCAUCGUGCACGUGUAUGCUGCAGUCGUUCGCCGCAUGCCCAUUACUGCGCGUUAGCAGCUCUAUACCCUCUCCUUAGGUCGCCUUGUGCCAUACCGAGUCUUAUCCGGUCGGAUUUGACUGGCCUUUGGGUAUACGGCUUGCAUGUUAGUCGGUAUAGCCCCACUGUGCCUUUUUGUCUCCGCCGGUGCAUAUGCCAGUUUUUAUGGGGCAACUGGCAAUUAUGGCAGGUAUAUGGGGGUGGCAUAUCGUCGUUUUGAGUAAUGUGUUAACAAGUGAGGGUUUGGCGAGAGGCCCGGGGGUCACAUAGGGUGGGUAAGGACUGGGGAAAAGGGCGCGACAAGGGAUAAAGCACGGUAGGGGUUGCAGGAUGUCUUUUGUGUUUCGGUUGAAACCGUAUAUCCCGCCUGCGGCCAACGUUUCAUGGCCGCUGUGAUAAUACCCGAACGGGCUUCUCGACGCCCUGCUUAAAUUGUUCUUACAAGUAGGCCUCCUUCACGACUUCAAGGAGCGGACAUGCCUGUGCGGCGAACAGCAGUCGAGAAGUCGACCUGGGCUACGACCUGAGCACGCGUCGCGUGCUCGGGAACGUCCCUCCUUGGCGCUUUAUAUUGUGCGCAUAAUGCCCCUUCUCUGUAAUGACAAAGCACAAUUUGUCUCUGGCAGGAAUAUGAAACGCAACCUUCCGGACAGACACGCAUUUGGUCGAUUCGCCUUGGCCUGUAGGAACUCGUGGCAGCAUGCAGUAAUGCUGGCAUCUGCCAUUAUGUACAGGCAUCACAUAGGUGAUCAGAACUGACACGUACUGCGAAGUACCGGUAUGACAGGAAGAAGUUCGUAGACAAUAUGGAGGGAGGGAUACAGAACGGAAUUAUGACAUGUUCGUUCUGCUUAUAAGCUUGGAACUUGCGAGCAUGAAGUAGAGUUAAGGUACGGAACGGAGCCCAACUGUUUCCGGCUUCACAGUAUGCUGGCUUGCCUGACUGGACACUGUUGCUUCCUAAUAUAGUACAUCCUCAAUUGUGGUCUGGGUCGCCGUCUUUUCUUAUGGCUCCUGGUCUUUGUACUGUGCUUGCGAACUAGGCGAGCUAGGCACCAGCCAGCCCCAGUUCCGCUGCCCGAAUAUUCUCACAGCAAGCAUGGAACAACUUUGGGAGGUUGUCCAAGCUCAGGAGGCAGCGCGACUCGAGGUCCAGCAAUUGGCCGAGGUUGCGGCGCGUAGCAAAGUGCAUAAACAGCGCUGUCAAGAGGUAGCAGAAGCUAGCCAACAUGCAUUUAUCCAACUAGAAACGGCCUUGCGGCAAAGGACGUCCGAUCAUGUCACACUUCUAUCAUCCGCGGCACGGUUGACUGCCGCGGCCAAGCGUGCCCGUUCUUGCGUGGAGGAAGUCGGCAACCCCAGUGCCAUCGGUCGCCUGACUGUCUCCUUCCAACGCAAGGCCGCCGAACGCGCACUAUCCGAUGAGCGGCGCGUUUUCCUCGAACUCGUCUUUGACCAGGCCUCCACCUCAGCAGCAGCGGCCGCUGCCGCCGCCUCAGGCAGCAUCACCCCUGGCAACGCCUCCCUGCGCAUGUCCAACCUAGGCGCUCCGACGUACCCCUUGCAGCCCUCCUCAACCAUGUCCUCUCACCUGCAACCCGCCAUCAGCGGACGCUUCAAGGGCUCCAUGCGCGGCAUCGGCGGCAGCGCCUUCGGCCAGAACGGCUUACGGGCCGCCAUGCUGGCGGCGGGCGGCUCCAGCAUGCCCGUGACGCUGUCAUCCCAAUGGGCAAGCAACAUGGACAGCUCUCUUUCGGUGCCACCCGACUUUGUAGGGGGUGCGCACGGCCAGCUCGCUCGCCUCGGCACGUUGAACACCACGGCGGCCAUGAGUGCUGGCGGUGCGGGCAGCGGGCUGUUGCCGUAUCCGAUGGGUAGCAUGGCGCGGCGCAGGCCGAGUAGUGAGGGUGCCGCGCCGUGCAGCCUUGGCGGCGCGGGAAGUGCGGGAGGAGCGGGGAUGGAUGAGGCGGAUGCGGCGAGGAGCAGCCUGCCCUUCCUUCCGGGCUCGGUGCGCUCGAGUGACGGACUGGGGGUGCAGAAGCUGUGCUUCAUGCGAGGCGCGAGCGGCGAGAAGGCGGCAGUGCAGCUGCUGGUGGUGGUGCACAAGCAGGUCGAGGUGUACAGCUCGGCUCUGGACUCCUUCCACUCCGUCUCCCAGGUCGAGUCCGACGGCCAACAGGUCACCUCCACAACAAUGUACGAACCCACCAUCGAUCUCAUCACCGGCCACAAAAGCGGCUCGGUCCUCGUGUACGGCAGGCCCGCCGGCGCGCCCCUGUCCACUGGCAACGGCAACGGUGCUUCACCGCGUGCUGCCUCCGCCGCUACCGCUGCGGCCCUGGCGGGCUUCCCGCUCAUCAUCCGCCUUAGCCGCUUCCCUGUCACGGCUCUGCAUGCCGUACCGGGCGUCGAGCUCGACGCAGCGACGAUUGCCGCGGCGGCAGCAGCUUCCCCGGUGUCGACUGGUGGCGCAGCGCAGGUCAGCGCCGGAGGCGCACCCGCAGUCGCUGCCGGCAGCAACCUGAUUACCUCGGGCUCCGUCGACGAUGUGCUGCUGUAUACUGGAGACGCCGCUGGCAGGGUCAUGGCCAUCAGGUACAAUCGCACCACGCCGGAUCUCACGGCAGCCACCGUUUUCACCGCAGCCAAGCGCACUGCGAGUGGACGCAACCUGGGGCCCUCAUCCCUGGAUCCCUUCAGUACGGCAAUUACGGGACUGUUGUACCGCGGUAGCUACCUGGUUGUUUGUACGGCAAACCACAACCUGCAUGCGAUCAAGGUGCUCAGCGCGUCGCCGCCGCCUAGCACCACGACCAGUUUCGACAUUGCUACUGCGCGAUCUGUGAUUGGCUCGCCCCGUGCGGGGGAGGCUCCUGGCGGAGGGCUACAUGGAGCGGAUUCGCUUGCAAACCCAACCACUCCGGGUGCUGGCAGCAGCGCCGCACCAGGCACCCCUGGAGCCGGGCUGCCGGUGACAUCCUCGGUAAACUUGCUGACGCCGGCAGGAUCCACCUUGUCGCGAGCUGGAACUCUUGCGCACGGCAACGGCUCGGUGCUGGCGCCGGGUGGCGGCGGCAGCGGCAGCGGCGGCGGCGCCCAGGAGGGGGCAACGGGAACGACCAUUGGGACCAUCCGCAAGGGCCCGCUAGGUCUCACCACUGCCGUCGUGGACAUAUACUCCUUCGCAGUCUACGGCGAUUGUACGGAAAUGGUGUCGAUUGACUGGGGCAGCAACGCCGCCAACGGCUCCAUGGACGGCGCCAUUCCUGGCGCGGAUGCCGCCGGCGCCAGUGAGGAGGGUGACGGUGGCUUCGGCCCCUAUCCCAACUUCUUCGGCACCUCUCCUGCCGCUGGCACGGGCUCCAUGAUGCGGGGCGCAUGGAUGACAGAUGGAGGCGCCUCCGCCGCAAACAAUGGCCGGCGGUCUCGGACGUUAACCGCCCGCCGUGGCCCCUGGCGCAUGCUGACCUCCCACCAGAACGGCCAGCUGCUGAUGUGGGACCUGGCGGCAGGCAGGCUGCAGCUCAUCUGCACCAUUGGAGAAACCGGCUCGUCCAUUGUUUCCGUGAAAGUCUUCCCCGACCUGGGUACCAUGGUGGAGAUCCUGUCCAGCGGCUUCCUGCGUGUGGGCCAGCUGCCCACCAGCGCCCUGGCGCCCCCCCUCAACCCGCUGGGCGGCGUCCCUGCGUGGAGGCUGCGCCAGGCCCUCAUCCGCGCUCACCGCGGCCGCAUCACCUCCACCAGCACCCUGGCCCAUGUCCUCGCGACCGGCACCAAAAAGGGCGGCGUCAAGGUCUGGGACGUCAGUGAGCUGCGGUCCAAGGCUGCGGUCCAAGGCGUGGCGUUCAAGACGCCCUUGACCAGCGCUGGCAGCGAGGGUGUAGCGGCGGCGGCCGCCGUCGGCGGCGCCGUCAGUGCCGUCGGCGGCCCUGCUGACCCAGUGCCCAUGCAGGCCGCCGCCUCCUCUCGUUACCCCUUUGGCAUGUUUGCAUCCGCUGGCGGAGGUGCCGGCGCUCCCGGUAGUGUGGCCAGUGGCGACGAUCGCUAUCCCCUGGGCCCAGGCAACCCCUCCUUGUCAGCGAUGCCAAACGCGCCUACCAUGUCCCGACAGGGUACCAUGGCUGGGCCGCCUGGGUCGGCAUAUCCUUCGUUCCUGCAGUCGUCGUUCCAGCCCCCGCAGUCGCUCUCGCGUAUCGACUCGGAUCGCGGCUCCGUCGCCUCUGGCUCUAUUUGCGGCCUGACGCCGCCGGGGCCCAUGCCGCUUGCUCCGCCGCCACCGGCGCAGACCGCUACGCCCCUACCGCAUCCUGACGCUGGCCAGAUGCGUGUGCCCGGACCCGAUACGCAUCAGGGCUUUCCCGGCGUCCAGCGGGUUAGUGCCGGCGGCGCUUUGGGCGCCGGUGCUAAUGGCCCCGCUCCGAUGCCGUUUGGAACCGCGGCGGUGCUUGACAGCCCGGCCGACUCUAUCCGCGCCCCAAUUCCUGCAAGGUACCCUAACUCUACCGGCGGUGUGGCUCCUAGCGAGGACGAUGGCGCGGGUACGAUUGGCACGAACGACCUCGCCUCCGAGAAAUCUUCAAUUGGGGCCUCGGCUUUGGCUGCUUUGGCUGGCGUGUUAAACGGAGGUGCGGCCCCCGUCGCCAAGGGAACGACCCAGCAGCCGCAACUGCAGCGCAAUAUGACGAUGCCGCCGCUGCAGCACCCCCACCAACUGGAGGCGCACCAGAAACAGGAGGGCAACCUAACUGCGCUGUCGCCGCCGAGCCCGCGCCCGCAGUCGCCAGGCAACGGCCAGCAGAGCCAACAGGCGGGCGCUCUCAAGACCGCUGGCGACGGCAACAACCGGACCAGCCAGGAGGAGCGCCCUGCUCGCGGCACCAACCCCGGCACCAAGCCCGCCACAACCUUCGCCUCGGCCCUCGAGGGGGAGAUCCUGCACGCCCUUGCCGCCGCCGGCGGUGGCGGCACAAAGAUGGCGGCCCAGGAGGAGAAGCGCGCCGACGAGAGCAACAAACUGCCUGUCGUACUGCCGGCCGGGCUGACGGCGGCGGAGGCGGAGGAGUCCGCCAAGGCCGACCCCCGGACUCGUUGGGGCAACGCGGGUGCAGCCAUCAUGCAAGCCAAUCGGCAGAGCAUUUUCAAGCGCGUUAAGGGAGGCUCCAAAUCGUCCGAUGACGACGGCCCAAGCGGCGGUAAUAACGGGCCCAGCGGUAGCGCGGCCGCCGUUCCGACGACGGCGGCGCCGCCUCCGCCGGUCGUAUCACCGUCCAAGCGCUACACUUCUGGAGCAGGAGCCCCGCCGCCACCGCCCCAGCAACCCCCACCGGCUGCUUACGGCGCAGCGCAGUAUCCCCAUAUGCCUGACGGCUACAUGAUCCCCCGAGCGCACGGCAACGGCGCUUCGCCCUACAGCACCACCCCGCCCUCGCCGCCGCCCCGCUCGCUUUCCUUCCCGCACCAGGGGGUGCCGUACAGCAACGGCCACUCGCUCAUGGACCCUCCGCCCACCGCUAACAGCCCCUACAACUCUACCUACCUCCAGCCCCCGCAUUCACCUCGCGGCGCCCCGCCAUCUCCGUACGGUGCGCAGUAUGUCCCGACCGGCUCGCAGUUCGGUCGCGGCCAGAGCAACCACGGCAAUGCCCACCACGGCCACAACGCCACCUCAUCCCACGGCUACGGACACAUGUCCUACCCGCCCCCGGCGCUCGGCAGGACCAGUGACUAUGGAGGAGGAGGCAUCAGCGGCCUGCCGCCGUCGCCUGCCGGCGCGGGCGGCAUGGGCCCGCUGGGCAACCACCACCACCAUAACAUGCACCACUCGCAUGGUCAGAUGCCGGGGGUGCAGCAGCAGGUGCAGCAUGUGCCGGGUCCGCGGGAGAGGCGGCUGUCCACCAUGUCGGACUAUGAGGUCAUGGCCUCCAGGCGCACGUCGGGCUCGGGACACGAGCCGCUGCCGCUGGGUCAGGACGUGGAGAUGCUGCCGGUGCCGCCGGUGCUGCCGCCGCCGGCGCCCGUCCCCAACACCACCGCCCAGUCGCCGCCGCAAGCGCACGCCAUCAACCCGCUACUGCAGAACUGCUUCAUCCGGCCGGACGACCUGCGUCUGAUCGACCCUGUGGGUCAGGGCGCGGAGGGCACUGUGUGGCGCGGCCGCUGGCACCACAUCGAUGUAGCGGUCAAGGAGAUGCACCCCACCUCCGCAUCCUUUGGGAAGCUGGUCUCCAUUGCCAAGGACCUGUCGAGCCCCGAGUCCGCUCGCAGCAGCGAGGUGCUGGCGGGGGUGGUGAAGGAGGUGUCGGCGCUGAUGGACCUGGGGCAGCACCCCAACAUCAUCCGCUUCGUGGGGGUGUGCGCGGAGCCGCCCAGGAUCGUCACCGAGUACUACAAGAUGGGCUCACUGUACCACCUGCUGAAGGAGGCGCGCCAGGGCAACAUGCGCACCCGGGAGAAGCUCACCUGGGCCAAGAGGCUCAUCAUGCUGCAGGACAUGGCUGCCGGCAUGUCUUACCUGCACUCCCGCAACUACAUCCACGGCGACCUGCGCUCGCCCAACGUGUUCGUGUCGGAGGACCAGCACCUCAAGAUCGGCGACUUUGGGUUCGCGCGCAUCCUGGGCACGGCGCAGAACCCGGUGCAGGAGGUGCCGGCGCGCCUCACCAACCCGCGCUGGCAGGCGCCGGAGGUAUACGCCAUGAACAACCCCACCGCCACCACCGCUGCUGACGUGUACAGCUUCGGCAUCAUCAUGUACGAGAUGCUGACGUACACGCAGCCGUACAACGACGUGGCAGACGAUGAGAUGGUCAUGUGCCGCCACUCGCUGUCGCCCGAGUGGCGCCCCACCCUGCCGCCCGACAGCAAGCUGCCCGUGCCGCCCAACGUACACCUGCAGGCGUACAAGGCCCUCAUGCAGGACUGCUGGGCGGUGGACCCGGCGGACAGGCCCGCCUUUCACAAGAUCGCUGAGCGGCUGAUGGCGCUCAUCCGCUGGCAGCGAACCCUAAGCCAGGUGCGCAACAGCCUACUGGGCGCUCGGCUCUUCAAGAACAUGACGGCUCGCCGCACUGCCAACGCCGCCGCCAUCGAAGCUGCUUCUGCUGCUGCUGCUGCCCUCCCCGGCGGCGCCUCAGCCACCAUGCCCGCCUCCCCUCGGACCGGUGGCUCCGCACCUGCUGGCCCCACCACCGCCGCCACCACCAUUGCCGCCGCCUCCGCCGGCGCCUCGUCCGCCCCUGCCGCCGCGGCCAGCCCCCCCGUCCGCCAGCAAGAGCCAGCGGAUGAGGAGGCUGACCGGGACCUCGUGCCUGAGCUCCGCUCCUCUCGUCAGCUCCUCGCGAGCGUGGCAGCUGCUGCUUUCGCCACCCCCACCCCCACCGCUGCAGCAGCAGCAGCAGUAGCGGGCUUUGGCGGGGCGAGUGCAUUCUCGGGCGCCGUGGAGCCCAUCUCGCCUCCCUCUCCGGUGACUGGGAGCGACCUGGCGGGCAGCUCCAGUGCGGACGGCGGCGGGGCCUUCAGCGCGCGCACCAGUGUGAGCUUCGGCUCGCGGUUGUCCAGCCGGGUCAGCGGAUGGCCGCCUGCUACCAGCGGAUCCGGCAUGCUGGGUGCGCACUCCUCCUUGGCCGCCCAGCAGCUGGCGGCGGCGGCAACCAUGUCGGCGGAGCUCGAGUCGGUGCCGACCCUGGCGUCAACGGCGUCUCGGCCGCUGCGGGUCACCGCCGCGACCAGGGCUCCCUCGCCGCCGCCGCCGCCGGCAGCAGCGGCGGCGCCUGUGCCGGUGGCCCCGGCGGCCCCGGCGGCGCCGCUGGGUGCGCUUUCCGAUGGCUUCGCCCUCAUGAGUCCCUUCCAGGCCUUAAACCUCUCGGACGAUGAGGACGACGCCGCACCGGUGGUUCCGGAGAAGGUGAAACCGGCCUCGGCGGCGACAGCGGCUGCUGCUGCUCCUGCGGUGGCGGCAGCACCUGCGGCAGCUGCCAAGGGCGCCGGCGGGCCCAUUCAAGGAAGCAUGUCGGAUGCACCUGUGGCGGCAGUGGCGGUGGUGAUGGCAGGGGCGGGAGAAGCCGCUGUCACGGCGCUGUCCGAGCCGCCGGCCACGCUAGCGGCGGUGGCGCCGCGCCCCAAUGGCGCCGCUGCGGCGGCCGCUGAUCCCUUUGCGAUGGAAAGCCCCUUCCUGGGACUUGGUUCCCUGGACUCUGACGAUUCGGUGGAUGGCAGCAGCAAGCAUGCCAGCCAGGGAGAGCAGCCGUGCACCAAGGCGGGAGGGCCGGCGUCGCAAGCGGCGACGGCGGUGGUGGCGGUUGUUGCUGCGGUUCCGCCGGCAGCAGCAGCAGGCCCACCCAGGCCGUCUGGCGGGGAUCCCUUUGCCAUGAUGUCACCCUUCCAGGGUCUGGGGCUGGACGAUGAUGACGAGUAGGGGGCUUGAGCCAGAGGCCCAAGGGCGCGUUGGGUUGGUGUAUAAGUUGACGGUAUGAAGUAUGACUUGGUUUUGGGACGUUUUGGUGAACAGAGUUGCGAGAGCGGUCGACAAGUCGGGUUAGCAAACAAGUUAGGCGCAUGUGGAAAGUGUCAUGCAUCUGGGAUGUUCCAUGGGUUGAGGAGUUGAGCCUUGCUGGCGGGCUAUUGUGAAUGGAGAAAGGAUUGAGAACGUUGAUCGGGGUCAAAUUUUCUCAGGGGAAAAAUGUUUAGAUAGUGGGGAUGAGGUCACGAGCCAAAUGCAGCAUGCACCUUAGGGCCCCACAUUUUUGGAUUGUUGUAUGUCGGGGCGCGUUCCGGGUUUAGGCUUUUGCUGGGUUUUCGCGGUCGAUUUCCACUAGUUCAAAAUCAUCAACUACUUACUUAAUAUCUACUGAAUACCGUAUUGUCUUUCCCACGUUCAGGGAUAGGGCGUAAGGGAAUGCUACCCCACCAUAUGGCGGAUUCAACGUUUGGCUAGCACGCUUUGGGCCGUAGGCAUUGCUAUUUUUACUGGCGUGCAUCCGUCCUCCUUUCAAGGGAAGCAUACGUCUUGUGUGUAGAGGUGUACCGGCUUUCAGUUGUGCGCGGCAGUUAGGACCACCGGGAAAUCGCCGUGAGGGUUUCGGCAUGGCAGGCACAGCGCUCGCAGACACUGUUGCGUUGCAUUGGGGCACUGUUUGCGCCGCUUGCAGGCUUAUCCAUCAUUCAGUUUAUCCGGGUGUUGUAUUUGGCGCACUUUCCUUUCGCGUGGCAGGGCGCGACUACUGCUGGGAGGGUGGUUGGCUGGGAAGGGAAGCGGCUUGCGCACGAUACUUAUUAUAAAAAUGAUGUUGCUUGGUUGCCACAAUAACCGGUGUGUUUUGGGCGAGCACGUUACCGGGGCCAACAGCCGCUUUUUUCUGACAUCAUCACAGGGGUUUGGUGUCGUUUGGCGGUCUUUAAAACGUGUGUUUGCUAAUGCGGGGCUGUGGUCAUAUCUCCGCACAGGGGCUUGCAGAGGCGCUGCAAAGGGUAACGCGCUACCGAUAUUGCGGCCUGUGAAAGGCUUCUCAGAACUUCGCUUGAAUUCCUUUUGCUUUCUUCCGAGGCUGUGGUUGAAACGCUGUGUACCGUUGACGAGCGUUUUCUCGCGCACUGGCGUAUGCCAUGCUGUUCGUUUGCUGCAAGGCAAAUAGGAAGGGUGAAGGCGGCCGCCGAGUCGUGAUGACCACUGUCAAGUCGUCCUGGAGAGUGAAGGAAGGCAAGGCAUGUACGGCACCAAUUUUGGGUUCUGUUUCUGUACGAUUAUGCCGGUUGAGGGAUCGGAGAGAGCGAAGACGUAAUCGUCGAGAGUGAAGACAUACGUGGGUGGCACCCGGAGCACAGCAGCACAUGUUACCGGCACAUGUGGAGAGGCGGCGUUGCAGAUGGAGUGGUACGCAAGCACAACUGCUGGUCUGAAUGGGAUGGUAUGGCGUACGGAGUGAGGGCAUGCUGUUCGUAAAUUCCAAUGGUUUUCCUGGGGAGCAAGAUGCUUAGUGUUCGGUGGCGUUCGGACUGGCGCGGGGAGAGAGAGGGCAGUUAGUUAAAGCUGGCGAUGAUAACGAUGGUAAUGAUGACGUUGAUGAUGGUUGAUGAUGGUGGUUAUGACACGGUGCGUGGUAUGGUAUGUGAGUGGUAGGACCCAUGGGAAUAUACCCAUGGGGGGGUAUGGUAUUGCAGUGGGGGGGGGUAUGACGCGGUAUCCGAAAGAAAAGUUUUGUGACGGUGUCCCCUUUUGCAGCUGAGAGGCCGUGAAUGCUCUUGAAUGCUUCUGCUUAUGUGCAGCUUUGUAUCCAACCCAUAUCGAGCGCAUGCAUGCAUUCAGAGGCAUCCACCCAGCCAUGUUUCUCUGGCUGCAACCAUGGGGAUUCUCCAAAAGUCGGGUGUGUUGCCGCUUUCCUGCGCGUAUUGGAGGUUAUUGUCACUAUUCGCCAGGGCUGUGCUUCGUUGAUUGUGUAUUGCCACUGUGACGGAGUUGAGUUGCGGCAUGGUGAAUCGCGACAGCUAAAACAGCUGGAAGGUAGUCCACCUUUUCGACUCGGUUUUUUUUGCGGCAGCUUUUUGUCUGCAUGAGCGCUCUUGCCACUAUAGUAUUCGUGUCACUUGAAGUAAAUGGCUUCGGGGAUGCUCUUCGCAUGCUCGGAUUUUUACCAACUGCCUUAGUAAGCUGUUCCGUCUUGUUGUUGCUGUACGUACGGUAUAUGGCCCACCAAUGAUAAAUUGCUGCUGAUCAGCUGUUCAGGCUGUUGUCCUGGGAUAUGGCCUUCGUCUGCAUUGAGGCAGAUCGCCCCCACCUGCCUGUCGCCUAAAAAGAAAAAAGUACGUUGUAGUUGCUUUGUUUGUUGCGCUUUGUUCGACCGUACAUGCACGACGAGACGUGUUUUGGCCGACAUUUACGUGAGCAAUGUGUUGUGUGAUGUCCAGGUUGAUACGUGUGAUCCUAUAACACUUCUGGCUUCCUUGGUGGCCGCGCCUUGAGGGCGCCACGUGCGAUACACGUUGUGCAGGAGUUGUAGUUCGUACCGAACUGUACCGUGCCGUACUGUGCUCUGAGUUCCCGACCUGCCAUGGUCUAGUAGGGCCCCAGUAAAGCCCCAAUUAAGAUGUAGACUUGUUUUAGUUGAAGACGCGGCGGAAGGGUUUAACGUUGGCUAACAUUGCUAGCUCUUAGCAUCUGCGGGGUCAUCCAUGCAUAUGCUGCUGUGGCUGCCGAAGUACUUGCAAGACCUCCUCUAGAAAGCCUUGCUUUGCAUGUCUGUGUUACGCUACGAGCAUUGUAAUAUCUGAAGGCAUCCAACACAUUACGAGUUGUAUCUCAUUGCCCCGGACCAGUGUUAAGACACGCUUGAAACAACGGUUGGUCAUGCAGGAGAGGGUCAGAAUGACAAGACGGCGUGUGAUUGAACACU